UUGUUAAAUGACAAAAGUUGACAAUCUGACAAGUAUCAAUCCAUUGACAUUUCUCUCACUGUUUCGAGAGAUUUGUCCUGAAAAUAAUAUUUAUUUACUUUAAAUAUUUUUACAAUAGUCCUGGGCUACUGAUUAAACUAAACAGUUAAAGAAUUGUGUGAAUAAGUUUGUUUUUCACUGGUAAUUGAAAAUAACAUCCGGAUACGAUCUACAGUUCAGUAAAAAUGGAUGAUAUUAUACAAAAAAUAGCUUCUACUGCAAUCCAUUUCGAGGAUAAGGAUGCCAGUAAAACCAUGUUUAAAGACCUUUACAAAAAUAGAGAAAAGAGUAAUAACCAAGAAGAGAGACGAAAAAAAAUGCUGGAAGUUCAAAAGUGUAACCGCAAUGCUACCACAGACACAUUUAGGGGCAUAUUAGACAUUGUAAAUAGUGUCGACACAACAGAAGAUUAUUUUGGUUCUACAACACAGACUUACUAUAGACCGAAUAUAUAUGUUGCAGGCUUUGUUAAAGCCCCAUCAUCAUACUAUAAUGUAUUGAUGAUUUCUGAAUGGAUGGUAGAAAAACCCUCUGAUUUUGCUCAGAAUUGGUAUGUUGUACCAUGUCCAAAAGGUAGUAGAGUAUUGAUUGUUGCUAACAAUGGUAGAACCAAAUUAUAUAAUAAGUAUGGAAGAUUUAGAUUAGAUACUAAAACUCUGCUGCCGGGUGGCCAUCCUAAUAAAGGAUAUCAGAAAACUGAUUGCUGUGUUCUAGAUGGUUUUUAUGAUUCUCUAUCGAAUAGUGUUUACAUUAUUGAUUUACUGGCAUGGAAUAAUCAGGCCAUGACUGAUGGAGAGACUGAUUUUCGACAUUUUUGGCUACAAACUCAAGUUUUUAUAAUACAGGGACUGAACGUACUUAGCAAGGUCAAUAAGUUAAAAUUUUUUUUACUACCCAAGGUACCUUGUUCACGUGAAGAAUUAAACCAGUUCAUGAUGACAUAUCCAGCAUUUGAAAAUUACAUACCAGCACUAGAUGGUCUUCUAUUCUAUCACAAAAAGACCCAUUACAUCUCAGGACAGACUCCACUGGUUGGAUGGCUGUAUCCAUUCAUGGUAAAAGAAGUACUUGGACAUGACAUAACCGUGCACGAGUCGUAUAAUUUAGAGCGACCCGAAGAUUAUACAAAUCAAGCAGAUUACAUCGUUCGGUUCGAAGAGAGAAAGACGAGAACCAAACAAAGUAAACUAGAUAGACUGAGGAUCACUCAAAUGCAGAUUGGAGAUUACGAAUCGGGCGAAACAUAUUAUUCCAGACUGUACAACAUGGACGUCGGCGACUGUAAUAACGAGGAACCAACUUCACAUGAAUAAAAUAUACUGUGGAUAAAUGUAC